GCCCGCCCUGCCCUGCCCAGCGCGCCCUUUACGAACGGGCGGCGGCCGCAGUGAGCUGCCUCGGGUUCGUCCCGCGCUCCCGGGCUCCUUCCCGCUGCGCUAGCGCGUCUCUCCCGAGACCGUGCCUGCCGUGAGGUGAUUCCCGGUGUCCAGCGUUGAGGGCAGGAGCGGCCCGGCCGCGCUCGUGGCGUAUCCCGAGGCUGACGUCGCCAUCUCCUGAGGGAGGGAAGUGCCGAUCCCGUUCCUUGCUGUGGGCGAGGUGCAUGCGGACGGGGCACCGGGAAAGGACUGGCUGUGCCCUGGGCGUAUAGCAGACCCUGGGAAUUGCUUCUCCUUGGUAUCGCUUUUCCCCUAGGAGCGAGAAGGAUGGAUGAUGCCGCAGGGGAGCUGAAGCAAGCGCUCCCAAACGUGUGUGACAACGUUCAGAUCCAUGUGGAAGUUCAUCAGAAAUCGAGCAGUGUGGCCAAGAAAGAAGAUAUUAGGAUGAGUGUCCUAAAGCUGUUGAACAGACAUACCAUCGUGUUUGGUGAUUACAAGUGGACAGAGUUUGAUGACAGUUUCCUUAAGAACAAUGUGCAGUCUGUGUCGAUUGUGGAUACGGAGCUGAAGCUGAAAGACAGACAGCCUAUUGACUUGAGCAAAAGCAGUAUUUCUCUGCAUAUUUUUCAUCUGAAUGAAGAAGGACCAACCUCUGAGAACCUGGAAGAAGAAAAUGAGGAUAUCACUGCAGCUCACCACUGGGUUCUGCCAGCAGCUGAAUUCCACGGCCUUUGGGAAAGUCUCAUAUAUGACAGUGAAGUAAAAGCAAACUUACUUGAUUACGUGACAACAACAUUAUUGUUCUCUGACAAAAAUGUCGACAGCAACCUGAUAUCAUGGAACAGAGUUGUUUUGCUGCAUGGCCCUCCUGGAACUGGGAAAACUUCUCUCUGUAAAGCAUUGGCUCAGAAGCUGACAAUUCGACUGUCAUACAGGUACAGGUAUGGACAGUUUAUUGAGAUAAACAGCCACAGUCUUUUCUCUAAAUGGUUUUCUGAGGUGGAAAGCCUCACAGCAGCCCGCAGUGCCUUCAAGGCAGGCACAGAGCCUUCAGAUGCUAUUCGUGUGGUAAAUGCUGUACUGACACAAAUAGAUCAGAUUAAAAGGUAUCCCAACGUAGUUAUCCUGACUACUUCAAAUAUUACGGAGAAAAUUGACAUGGCCUUUGUAGACAGGGCUGACAUAAAGCAAUACAUUGGACCUCCAUCUGCUGCAGCAAUAUUUAGAAUAUAUCUUUCUUGCUUGGAAGAACUGAUGAAGUGUCAAAUAAUAUAUCCUCGACAGCAACUUCUGACACUCAGAGAGCUAGAGAUGAUAGGCUUCGUAGAAAAUAAUGUGUCAAGGCUAAGCCUUGUACUAAAAGAAAUCUCAAGAAGAAGUGAAGGUCUUGGUGGCCGAGUCCUGAGAAAGCUUCCUUUCCUAGCACAUGCACUUUAUAUUCAAUCCCCCAGUGUUACAAUGACAACAUUUCUUCAGGCUCUUUCACUUGCAGUAGACAAACAAUUUGAAGAAAGAAAGAAUCUUGAAGACUGUGUGUGAUACUCCACUGUUUUGUAGUUGACUAUUGUUAUAUUUUUCAUACAAAUUGUGCAACUUUUAUGCAUCUGUAAAAUAAAUUGUCAGCACCUUAAAAAACCUGGAAUGCCUCUUCUAGUUUUUAAAAAUAUCCAUUAAUAAACAAUUAAGAAAGUUUACAGC